AUGGAUCCGAUUGUGAGGGCGCUGUGCAGGGCAGCGAAGCAGGAAAAACAAUGGGAUGAUCUUAAAGAGGUAGAGGAAUACGACGAAGACGAUUGGGAGGAUGAGCGUCGUAGGCCGCUUGGAGACGUGUUUUCAACGAGAAUGACACCAUCGAAAAUCUCAGAGCAACAAAAGCAGCCAGACAGCAUCGACGCUGAGGCAUGCGCUCGAGCCGCUGCAGCUACCGGUGACUGCUUUGCGCCACAAUGGGUCGGCGAUGUGCAGCUGCAAUUCUUCAUCGAACUC